UGUUUUUGCCAAAUGAAGACUUAUUCAGCCUAGGGAUGUAUCCACAAGCCACCUGAGAUUCUCAGAGGCCAAGCAAUCGAAGAAGAUCACAACAACAAACGCUGAGCUCGUCGAUUCUCGUAUAUAUGGCUACGUUGGCCAAAUUAUUCAACAAGGUCACUCACUCUCCUCAGCAUAGUGUGCCAAAGGGAAGUGUAACAUUGAAAGACUUGGAUCCACGUGUUUCUGUUCACUUUGGGAUCCCGUCCACUGCAUCAAUUCUUGCUUUUGAUCCCAUUCAACGCCUUCUGGCAAUAGGGACACUUGAUGGUAGGAUUAAAGUGAUUGGUGGUGAUAAUAUUGAAGGACUUCUCUUAUCUUCCAAGCCAUUGCCCUUCAAAAACUUACAGUUCCUAGAAAACCAAGGGUUUCUAGCCAGUGUCUCAAAUGAAAAUGAACUUCAGGUUUGGGAUCUAGAACGCAGGUGUAUAGCUUCUAAUUUAAAGUGGGAGUCAAACAUAACUGCUUUUUCAGUUAUCUAUGGCACCCAUUACAUGUAUGUUGGAGAUGAGUAUGGUUUUUUGUCUGUAUUGAAGUAUGAUGCUGAAGAAGGAAAAAUUCUACAAUUGCCGUAUCACAUUCCUGCAAAUCUUAUAACUGAAACAGUAGGGAUUUCAUUGCCCAAUCAUCAAUCUGUUGUUGGUGUGCUCCCACAACCUUGUUCCCUUGGAAAUAGAGUGCUGAUUGUGUAUGAGAGUGGAUUGAUCAUUCUCUGGGAUGUUACCGAGGAUCGGGCUGUUCUUGUUAGAGGCAAUACAGAUCUCCAACUGAAGAAUGAUAAAGUGGUUGAUUCUCCAAAUGAAGUGAACUAUGAUCAGUUUACUAAUACUUCAGACCCUGAACAAGAAGAAAAAGAGAUAAGUUCUCUCUGUUGGGCAUCUUCUGAUGGAUCGAUUCUUGCUGUCGGUUAUGUUGAUGGAGAUAUUUUGUUAUGGAACUUAUUGACUUCUGCUUCUAGCAAAGAUCAGCGAGGUCAAAGGGCAUCUAAUAAUGUUAAGCUACAGUUAUCAUCAGUCGACAGGAGACUCCCAGUCAUUGUUUUACAUUGGUCUGGAAACAAAUUUCAUACUGAUCGGGGGGGCCAACUCUUUGUCUACGGUGGCGAUGAAAUUGGAUCUGAAGAAGUUCUAACGAUCCUCACUCUUGAUUGGUCUUCUGGUAUUGAAAGUUUAAAAUGCAUUGGCCGUGUAGACCUCACACUUAAUGGCUCUUUUGCGGAUAUGAUUUUAGUGCCAAAUGCCGGUGCAAUAGAGAGAUCUGACACCUCUUCACUCUUUGUGUUGAGCAACCCUGGACAAUUACAUUUUUAUGAUGAUUCUUGCUUGUCUGCCUUGAUGUCUCAGCCAGAGAAGAAGUAUUCUAUUCCUGCAGUUCAAUAUCCUGAGGUUAUACCUACUGUUGACCCAUACAUUACUGUAGCAAAGCUCAAGUUGAUCCAGGCAGAAGGGAGUUUUUCGAGGGCUGUUUCUGAGACAAUUUUGGAAGCAAAACAUACUGUGACUGCACCGUGUAGCAAUUGGCCUCUGACUGGUGGUGUUCCGAGUCAACUGUCGUUUGCUGAAGACAAUGCCAUUAAGAGAGUAUAUAUAGCAGGCUAUCAAGAUGGUUCUGUUCGAAUAUGGGAUGCUACAUUUCCUGUUCUGUCCUGCACUUUUGUCAUAGGAUCUGAGGUUGAAGGCAUUGAAGUUGCUGGAACAAAUGCAUCGGUAUCAGCAUUGGACUUUUUCUCCUCCACUUUAAGUUUGGCAGUCGGCAAUGAGUAUGGUCUGGUUCGCCUGUAUAGGCUAAUUGGGAAUUCGGAUGAAAUGAGUUUUCACUUAGUGACAGAAGGCAAACGUGAAGUUUGCAAUUUGCGUGGUGAGAAUGGAGCUCCAUGUACGGCUAUAUUUUCCGUCCUUAGUUCUCCUGUGCGCAUCCUGCAGUAUGUAAAUUCUGGAGACAGACUAGCAGUAGGAUUUGAAUGUGGACGUGUUGCGGUGCUUGAUAUCAGUUCGUUUUCAGUUUUGUUUCUUACAGAUUGUCUAUCCAGUUCAAGUUCCCCAGCCAUCUCUCUAGCUAUGAAAACUUUCCCAAAUAUUCAUAGCAAUUUGGAUCACUCUGAAAACAGUUCAAAUGAAUCUGCAAAAGAAGUAAUUUUCAUCUUGACCAGAGAUGCACACAUUGUUGUUACGGAUAGCACCACGGGCAAUAUGCUCAGCUCUCAGUUGAUGCACCCAAUGGAGUUGACUGCAAUUUCUAUUUAUAUUUUAGAGGGCAAUGUUUUCUCUGAAGUGUCCAGUGAAAAGCUUUCAUUAAACUCGUCUCAGGAUCCUGAAGCAAAAACUGAACCUACACAAACCAAAUCUCACCCUGAACAUGAUUCAAUCGAUACCGAAUCUGACACUUCUGCUCAAGCCACAUAUUUAGGACCAAAUUUUAUGGACUCACUUGUUUUACUUUGUUGUGAGGAUGCAUUGCGUUUGUACUCUUUAAAGUCUCUGAUUAAGGGGGAGAGUAAGUCCAUCCAUGAAGUGAACCUUGAAAAACCAUGUUGUUGGACUACAAUCUUCAAGAAAGAUGGAAAAGAAAGUGGGUUGAUUCUAGUCUACCAGACUGGAUUGAUUGAGAUAAGGUCCCUUCCACAUCUUGAAUUGGUGGGAGAAAGUUCUUUAAUGUCAAUUCUUAGAUGGAACUUCAAGAUUAGCAUGAGCAAGACAAUAAGCUCUUCUGAUACAGGGCAGAUUAUGAUGGCGAAUGGGAAUGAAGUUGCUUUCAUAUCUCUUUUUUCCUUUGAAAAUGACUUCAGGAUUCCGGAGGCUUUGCCUUCUUUUCAUGAUAAAGUCCUUGAAGCCGCUGCAGAUGCUGCUGUUACUUCAUCUCAAAAUCAGAGGAAACAGAGUACUGCCCCUCGAAUUCUCGGUGGUAUCAUAAAGAGCUUCAAAGGUGGUAAGGCAGUGGAGAACCAUGCGGAUCUUGAAGGUCAUAAAACUAUUGUGGCACAUUUAGAGGGCAUAUUUUCUCGGUUCCCAUUCUCAGACCCUUCUACAAGCAUCACAGAUGACCUAGAUGUUCUUGAACUUGGCAUAGAUGAUAUUGACAUUGAUGAACCUGCACCUCUUCCAUUUACGUCUCAAAAGAUCAAGAUUGAAAGAAAAGACAAGGAAAAGGAGAGGGAAAAGCUAUUUGAUGGUGGUAGUACAGAUACGAAACCAAGAUUGAGAACAGCUGAGGAAAUUAGGGCUAAAUAUAGAAAGGAUGGGGAUGCCUCUGCAGCUGCUGCUCAAGCAAAAGAUAAACUUUUAGAGCGCGGGGAAAAACUUGAGAAACUAAGCAGGCGUACUGAAGAGCUACAAAGCGGCGCAGAAAACUUCGCAUCAUUGGCUAGUGAACUUGCCAAGACAAUGGAAAAGCGCAAGUGGUGGAACAUAUGAAUAGAAGUGUCCAUGUUGGGCUUUUUUUUUUUUAAAAAAAAAAAUAUAUAAUCUAAUCUUAGGGUUGUGGGGAAGGGGUAUAGGAAGCACAAGUGGCAUGGGUCGAACCUUCAACUUUCUAAGCAAAUUCUCUGACACUGAGCUCCAAGCGCAUUCCUCGCACUGGUUUGAAUUGAUUGGAUUUGUUGAUGCAGCUUGCUUGGCCCAUUUGGGAAGUGAAAUUCAAUCAAAGGUUCCACAAAACUAUUUGGUGCUCUGCCUUGACAAUUUGUAUGCAAGUGUUAUUAUUGUAUUCUUAUUUCAUUUUGUGAAACCCCAUAAGUUGUAAAUUGUUUUGGUCAAAAUAAUGUUGAAAAUUUUAAUGAAUAGCUUUUGUUAAUUUUUCCCUUUCA